CGCCCCUCUAAGUCGCACUUCCGGGUGCCUGCGCUCCCCGCCUGUCCCGGGCGGCCAAGUAGCAAUUAUGGAGCGGCAGGUGCUGCUGAACGAGCCCGAAGAGGCGGCGGCGCUGUACCGGGGCCUUAGCCGCCAGCCCGCGCUGAGCGCCGCCUGCCUGGGCCCGGAGGUCACCACGCAGUACGGGGGCCUCUACCGGACGGUGCACACUGAAUGGACCCAGAGGGACCUUGAACGUAUGGAGAACAUCCGAUUCUGCCGUCAGUAUCUGGUGUUCCACGACGGGGACUCAGUGGUGUUUGCAGGGCCUGCAGGCAGCAGCGUGGAGACCCGGGGGGAACUGCUGAGCAGAGAAUCUCCAUCAGGUGCCAUGAAAGCUGUGCUGCGUAAGGCUGGAGGCACAAGCCCUGGGGAAGAGAAGCAGUUCCUGGAAGUCUGGGAGAAGAACCGGAAGCUUAAGAGCUUCAACUUGUCAGCACUGGAGAAACAUGGGCCCGUGUACGAGGAUGACUGCUUUGGCUGCCUGUCCUGGUCGCACUCGGAGACACACUUAUUGUAUGUGGCAGAGAAGAAGCGCCCCAAGACUGAGUCCUUCUUUCAGACCAAAGCCUUGGACGUCAGUGCCAGUGAUGAUGAAAUGGCUAGGCUGAAGAAGCCAGACCAGGCCAUCAAGGGGGAUCAGUUUGUGUUUUAUGAAGACUGGGGAGAAAACAUGGUUUCCAAAAGCACCCCUGUGCUCUGUGUGCUGGAUGUUGAGAGUGGCAACAUCUCUGUGCUUGAGGGGGUUCCUGAAAAUGUGUCCCCUGGACAGGCAUUCUGGGCUCCUGGAGACACAGGUGUAGUGUUCGUGGGCUGGUGGCAUGAGCCCUUCCGACUGGGUGUCCGCUUCUGCACCAAUCGCAGGUCAGCCUUGUACUAUGUGGACCUCGCUGAGGGGAAGUGUGAACUCCUCUCGGAUGACUCCCUGGCUGUCUCUUCUCCCCGGCUGAGCCCAGACCAGUGUCGCAUUGUCUACCUUAAGUACCCAUCUCUGGUCCCCCAUCAUCAGUGUAGCCAGCUGUGCCUGUAUGACUGGUACACCAAGGUCACUUCAGUGGUGGUGGACAUCGUGCCUCGGCAGCUGGGAGAGGACUUCUCUGGGAUCUACUGUAGUCUGCUGCCUCUGGGAUGCUGGUCGGCUGACAGCCAGAGAGUGGUCUUUGACUCUGCUCAGCGCAGCCGGCAGGACCUGUUUGCUGUGGACACCCAGACGGGCAGUGUGACUUCCCUGACCGCUGGUGAGCAGGGCUGCAGGGGUAGGGGGGAGCCAGCUGGAAGCUGGAAACUUCUCACAAUUGACCUAGACCUCAUGGUGGCACAGUUCUCCACGCCCAGCCAGCCCCCAAGCCUGAAAGUUGGGUUCCUGCCUCCUGCGGGGAAGGAGAAGUCGGUGUUUUGGGUGCCCCUGGAGGAGGCCGAGCCCAUACCCGACAUCCAGUGGGGCAUCCGGGUGCUGCAGCCACCCCUGGAGCAAGAGAAUGUGCAGUAUGCUGGCCUUGACUUUGAAGCCAUCCUUCUACAGCCCAGUGACCCUCCAGAUAAGACCCAGGUCCCCAUGGUGGUCAUGCCCCAUGGGGGUCCCCAUUCAUCCUUUGUCGCUGCCUGGAUGCUGUUCCCAGCCUUGCUUUGCAAGAUGGGCUUUGCAGUGCUGCUAGUGAACUAUCGCGGCUCCACGGGCUUUGGCCAGGACAGUAUUCUCUCCCUCCCAGGCAACGUGGGCCAGCAGGAUGUGAAGGACGUCCAGUUUGCAGUAGAGCAGGUCCUCCAGGAGGAGCACUUCAGCGCAAGCCGUGUGGCCCUCAUGGGUGGUUCCCAUGGUGGCUUCCUCUCCUGUCACCUGAUUGGUCAGUACCCAGAGACCUACAGUGCCUGUGUGGCCCGGAACCCCGUGAUCAACAUUGCCUCUAUGAUGGGUUCUACCGACAUCCCUGACUGGUGUGUGGUGGAGGCUGGUUUCCCCUACAGCAGUGACUGCCUGCCAGACCUCAGUGUGUGGGCUGAGAUGCUAGACAAGUCACCCAUCAAAUAUGUCCCUCAGGUGAAGACUCCACUGCUUUUGAUGCUGGGCCAGGAGGACCGGCGUGUGCCCUUCAAGCAGGGCAUGGAGUAUUACCGUGCUCUCAAGGCCCGGAAAGUACCUGUUCGGCUCCUGCUCUAUCCCAAGAGCACCCACGGACUAUCAGAGGUGGAGGUGGAGUCGGACAGCUUCAUGAAUGCUGUGCUCUGGCUGCGCACACACUUGGGCAGUUGAAGCUCUGCCCCCCACAUGAGCGGGUCAGCCUGGUCACUCUUUGGGGGCCCCAAGGCCUCUCAGAGUAGCAAGAGGGUUCCCCUGCUCUGGACUCCAUGGAUAGGUGGACAGAGGAGUGUGGGCUCUAUGGUCAUAAUAAAUGAGGACAUGGA